AUGGAUAUUUUAGCAACACAUAAUACUAACAAAGAUUUUCAUAGUUUUUGGAAGGUAACAAAUAAGUUAAGUGCAAAGCCAAGCCUUCCUGCUUCUAUUGAAGGUUGUAGUGAUCCACAUGAAAUUGCCCAUAUCUUUAAAUGUCAUUUUUCUGUAAAACCUUUGCAAGUGGCGUCAUGUGAAGAGGUGUGGGAUGCUGAGACCUCCGAUGAUAUUACUAUACGGUUCACUGAUAAAGAUAUUCAAAAUAGAAUAAACUGCAUAACUCGGGGGAAAUCACCUGGUCACGAUGGUCUCAGCAUCGAGCAUCUGCGCUAUGCUGGACCCCACAUGUCGCGUGUACUUGCUUUACUGUUCAAUUUAUGUAUCAGUCAUUCUUACCUGCCUUAUGACAUGAUGAAGACAGUAGUUGUACCAAUUGUAAAAAAUAAAACUGGUGAUCUCACAGAUAAAGGCAAUUACCGACCCAUUUCACUGGCUACGAGGUUGGCCCUUCGGAAGCCGGAUAAAGAAGAAACCGGUACGAGCAGUGAGAAGACCUGGUUGAAGACCGAAGAGACCCAAGUAACAUCAAGAUCACCCAACGGUGCGACGGGCAGGCGUUUGCGGUGCAGAGCAGCGCAACGAGUCAGCGCAGCGAGCCAGCACAGCGAGCAACGCAGCAAGUCAGCGCAGCGAGUCAGCGACAUCGGGCACCUAACGGUGUCAAACGCUGUGAAUUCAGAGCUUAACGCUGUUGCAAGACAGUGGUGCGGUGUGUGGUGUGACACUGCCGGUUCAGUCAAAAGACGCGACGGGCGUCGAACCGAAAAGCACUGCUACGCCGGUAAGGUGUUGGACGGUAUUGGGACCGGACUGAGCAUAUCUCGGUGCGAGCCGAGCCCUCCUGAAGGUCUGCUAGGGCCAGUUAGGCAGGUAGGGGGGCACCAGCGCCCGAAGAAGAUGCCAACAACGCGCAGUCAGACUAUGGGGGACGCGAAUAGGGUACACGCCGAAGGUCCUGCGUCGGCAUCGGCCGACACCUUUGAAGUCCCGGACACACACGUUGGUAUAGGGACGACGACACCCGCGAUGACGACACCCGCGACGAUUGUAGGAACGCAAGCUAGGCGCACCGCGGCGCCAUCGGUUAGAUCACAACGCUCGUCGGCGAGCGUAGCGGCUAGGAUCAAACGGCGAGAGUUAGAAACCGCGGAAAAGUUAGCUGCGUUUAGGCGGGAAGAGCUACGCAUCGAGGCCGAUUUAGAACGGAAACGACUCGAGGCGGACGUCGUCGAUAUUCGGGAAGAAACGGAUAGGGAGAGCGUUGAGGGAGAGAUUAUUAAACAUCGCGUGAAUGAUUGGUUAGAGCACAGUAUGCCACGGGGGGAGUCGGAAAUCCCCAGAGCCGCGAUAGGAGCAGGGGCGAAGACGCCGCGGAACCACUCGCCAGAGGCACGGCGGAGUAUGACAGGGAUUCGCGAGCUGACGUCUCGUCGCGUACCGGGUAGGCAUAGGGACCAACAAUCACCGUCGCCACGACGACAGAGCGAUAUAGAAAAACUCGCGGUUACGUUAGAGCAGCUAACAAGGAAUCGACCGCCACCAAGGCAAGCUAUGGAGUUGCCAGGCUUUAACGGGGCCCCGGGCGAAUGGCUACCGUUUAAAGCAGCGUAUGUAGAAACAAACGCGCAGUAUAAGUUCACGGCAAGCGAGAAUAUAGCACGCUUAAGGUCUUGCUUAAAAGGAGAAGCUAGGCAAGCCGUAUCCGCGUUAUUGUUUACAGCGAACGACCCGGACGUUAUACUAAAAACGUUAGAACAAUGUUUCGGACGACCAGAGGUUAUUAUAGAUAACGCGUUAGAGGACAUUAAGCGUCUGCCGCGUUUAGGGACCACGCCCAACGAAAUAAAUCAGUUCGCGAUAAAGUUGCAAAAUAUAGUCACGGUAAUAUCGUGUUUAGAUGAGCGAGGAUACUUGCAAAACCCGAUGUUAGCACGAACUGUGGUAGACAAGUUGAGCCCGCACAUGCGAUCACGCUGGUGCGAUUACGCGGAGGACAACGGAAAUUACGCGGAGCCAGAGAUCACGACACUAUCACGCUUCCUUAUGCGAGAGGCGGAUAGGAGUCUAAGGCACACUUUCGCGUCCUCGGGGCUCGCUAUAGGUGGUCGAAACAUCGGUAGGUAUAACGAGCCGGUACAACGUAACGAACGCAAACCGAUGAAAGUAUACGCCACCGCGGCGGUGGAGAGUAAGGACGUAUGCUUUUGUUGCGGGGCGGAGCAUAAGACGUUUACAUGUAAAAAGCUAUUAGCAAUGCCGGUUCAAAAGCGAUGGGAAUGGGCGAAGGAGACGCACAUAUGCUUCCAGUGCAUGAAUAGCAAGCACAAACGUUUUCGAUGCAAGGCAAAACGCUGUGGCGUGGAGGAGUGCCGAGAGGGCCAUCACGCGUUAUUGCAUUUGAAGAAAAAUAGCGAACAGGAAAACGAACAAAGUGAGGACGUAGCCGUACAUACCGCGUCAGUCCACGCCACGACGGCUCGCAGUAAGGUUCUACUUAAGGUUUGUCCGAUCACCGUCAGAGGCGCUGGCGGGGAAGUAGAGACGUACGCAUUACUGGACGAAGGGUCCACAGUCACCUUGAUAGACGAUGAACUCGCAAACAUCGUACGCGCACAGGGGCCAACGCAGCCGUUAAGUAUAAGAGGAAUCUCGUCUGCUACGAAUGAGAGCGAAAGCAGGAAAGUAGAGAUUAGUAUACGCGGUCGCGGCCAGAGCGAUUUCAAACGACUAAAGGCGCAUACAAUGAAAGAUUUGCGUAUCGGGAGUCAGACGGUGCGAGCCGAGUAUCUAGUGCACUCGCACCUAACAUCAUUAAGGGCACGUGACUUAUGCUACGAGAACGCGACGCCGAAAGUACUGAUUGGCACAGACAACUGGCACCUAAUCGUUUCGCGACGCUUAUUGGUCGGCGGAAAGGAUGAACCGGCGGCGUCAUUUACCCAGUUAGGUUGGGUCAUCCACGGGACCGCGCCGCGCCGAUCAAUAACGCGGGACGAUGAGACGGUGUUGCACGUCGUAAGCAAUAACGAAUUUAAAAGUAAUUCAGCGGACGAAAACCUACACGAUAGAGUGGAAGCACACUUCGGAAUAGACGCGUUAGGUAUUUCGAUGCGCGUGAAACCGUGCGAGGUGGACGAACGCGCGGUAAGAGCCUUCGAAUCAUCGGUCGCGCUGAGGGACGGGCAUUAUGAGGUGGGACUGCCUUGGAGGAAUAGAGAUAUAAUAAUGCCACCCAGCUACGAAGCGGCCCGGCGACGAUUACAAGGCAUUGAGUUGAAAAUGGAUAGAUCGCCGUCUUUCAAAGCGGACUAUACGGCGCAAAUAGACCGGCUCAUCAAAGAGGGAUACGCCACGAAGUGUGAGGGCAGCGCGCACGCGACGCACGAGCAAGACGCGCGUCUUUGGUACUUGCCGCAUUUUGCGGUAACGAACCCGAAUAAGCCGGGUAAGACGCGGCUAGUAUUCGACGCAGCAGCGCGCGUGGGAGGCCGCUGCCUCAAUGACGUAUUAUUAGAUGGGCCCGACUUGCUGCAAUCGCUCAACGGCGUAUUAUUUCGCUUCCGGGAACGGCCAGUGGCAGUAUCAGCCGACAUAAGAGAUAUGUUUUUAAGAAUAAAAAUACGUCCGGAAGACGUGGCGGUGCAACAUUUUCUGUGGCGAGGGGACGACAGAGUAGGUCCGCCACAGAAAUAUGUUAUGACGUCAAUGAUAUUCGGAGCGAGGAGUUCGCCUUUCUUAGCGCACAGCGUGCGAAAUAAGUGCGCCCAAGACCAUCGAGAAUCCCACGCACUGGCUUACGAGGCCAUAACGCUCAAUCACUAUAUGGACGACUGGCUGGACAGUUUCGGCUCAACGGAGGUGGCCGCCCACACCAUACGGGAGGUGAGAGAAGUUUACGAGCGCGCAGGUUUUCAUCUGGCAGGAUGGAGCGCGAACGUAGAGGAAAUACUCGCUCCUGUAGGUAGAGAGGAUAGGGCCGGCGCUCCGCGUGAGCUAGGUGCCAACGCCCACGCAUACGAGAAGACAUUAGGUAUCUUGUGGUUGUCGGGUAGCGAUGAGUUAGCGUUUAAUACGGCGAUGAAUAGGAUUCCGAGCGAUAUCAAGAACGGGCAACGCGUACCAACGAAGCGAGAGGCGCUAGCGACAGUCAUGGCAUUAUUCGACCCGCUCGGCUUGCUGAGUCCGUAUACGGUCACGGCUAAGAUCAUGCUGCAAGGGCUGUGGCGCAAGCAAGUAGCGUGGGACGAACCAUUGCCCGUCGAAGAAGCGGAAGCCUUUUGCGAAUGGCUAGCAGAUAUACGGUACAUAGAAGCGUUGAGAUUGCCGCGCUGUUACGAGAAAAAGGAUAUAGCGAGUAGACAGUUGCACGUUUUUUGCGAUGCGAGUGAUCAAGCGUACGCGGCGGUAGCUUAUUGGCGAUUCGUAAACCACGACGGUAGCGUGUCCGUGUCACUGAUCGCGGGGAAGGCCAGAGUGGCUCCAAUGAAAGCGCAAACGAUACCGCGGCUCGAGCUGCAGGCGUGUCUAAUAGGCGCACGCUUAGCGAAUGCGAUUGUACGUGAACACCGUGAGUCUGGCGAAGCAACGUUCUGGAGCGAUUCUAAAACCGCGUUGCAUUGGAUAAGGAACGAAUCCGCGCGAUACACGCCGUACGUAGCGCACAGGCUUACUGAGAUCACCGAGUUAACAAACGCAAAGCAGUGGCGAUGGGUACCAACGGACAAGAAUGUAGCGGACGCAGCCACACGAGCAGGAAAUACCGCACUCACAAGCACGAACAGCUGGUUUAGGGGACCGCGAUUCCUAUUAGAAUCGCCCGACACGUGGCCCCAAGAGAGCGUAGGAAAAUCAACAACAAUUUCAAGCGAAAUCGUAGCGCACGCGACGGAAGUAACGCCGCUAAUAGACGUCACGCGGUUCUCGUCGUAUACGCGGUGCACAAGAACGUUAGCACGAGUCCUGUUGUUUGUCGCGAAAUGCCGCAAACAACCGAAAUGCCUGGACGUAACGUUAAUCGAGCAAGCGGAGCGAUUGUUAUUAAAGCAGGCGCAACGAGAAAGCUUCGCAGAUGAAAUCAAGGCGCUCGAGUGCGGCAGAGGCGUCCCGCGCACUAGCCGCGCGUUUAAGUUGAACGUUUGUAUAGACGAAGACGGGUUAUUGCGCUUGAGAGGACGGAUUAACGCAGCCGACGUUCCGGAAAUUAGAAAACGGCCGGUCCUACUCGAUGGCAAGCACCCGCUCACACGUCUUAUCGUUCUCAAGGAACACCGUGAAAACGCUCACAUCGGUCGCGAACACGUAGUAAAUAAUUUACGGCAAAAAUAUUGGGUGAUAGGCAUACGCGCCGUAGUAAAAUCAGUUACAGGUAAAUGUGUCACAUGCACGGUGAAGAGACGCAACCCAAGUGUGCCCAUAAAGGGCAACCUACCGCGGGUACGACUAGACAUGUAUUCCCGUCCAUUCGCGAGUACAGGGGUAGAUUGUUUCGGCCCGAUGACGGUCACGGUAGGUAGGCGCAGGGAGAAACGGUGGGGAAUGCUAUUCACGUGUAUGACGACGCGCGCGAUACAUUUAGAAAUUUUACAUAGUCUGAGUACGGACUCAGCCAUAAUGGCAUUGCGUAGGAUGGCCGCGCGACGCGGAUGGCCAGCGGUUAUAAUGAGCGAUAACGGUACUAACUUUCGCGGCUCCGACGUCGAAUUAAGACGCGCCUACGCAGAGUGGCUUCCAGAGUUGGAAGGAUGCGCGCUGGGAAGAAGAACGAAGUGGAGGUUCAUCGACCCGGGCGCACCCAACCAAGGGGGUAGCUGGGAACGACAAAUUCGUACAGUAAAGAGCGCAUUGUCGGUUAUAUUGAAUGAGCAAGCACCCCGGGACGAAGUGCUACAGACAUUGAUGAACGAGGUCGAGUUCACAGUAAACUCGCGACCGCUUACGCACGUUUCCGUCGACCCUGAAGACCCAGAGGCGUUAACUCCGAACCACUUCUUACUAGGAACGGCAGACGGUAUGCCAGUGUUAGGAUCCAGUAACCGGUUAGAUAAGCGGGUUUGGCGAGUUUCGCAAGCGUUAGCCGACGCUUUCUGGGCUAGAUGGGUUAGGGAAUAUUUGCCUACGCUUACACCUAGGGGAGACGCGGUACGGUCGACACCAAACGUCAAGGAAGGGGACGUAGUGUUGAUAACAGACGGAAUAUUACCGCGCAACGUGUGGCCUCUAGGGCAAGUAGAACGUGUGUACGAAGGGACGGACAAGGUGGUGCGAAGCGCCGACGUAAGGACCAAGGGGGGGAUUUUUAGGCGACCCGUGAGGAGGUUAGUCGUCCUCCCGAUAAAUGAAGGCUCCGAGGUUCUGCGCCGGGGGGAGGAUGUUACGGACGACAACCUAAUCCUAUAA